GUACACAAAUGAAAUUAUGAUUACUUUUUUGUGUUUGAGUAGCUAGCGUUAUAUUUUUAUUUACCGUUAAUUACUAUGUUAGGUUAAUUAUAUGGCAAAUUAUUUCCACACGCGUUUAGUCCACCAAAAACAGAUCGCCUUUCAUAUCGUAUAAAAUAAAGUUGAAUCGGUUCCAAAAUGAAUGUGUUGGAGGAAGAGGACAAAAAAGAGACAAUUAUAACUUUAAAAGAUUUCCCAUUCAUAUGUCGAAUUUGCUGUUUGAAGCAAAGCGAUUUGAGACCCUUCGAUGAGGAAGACUACUUAUUUGAUCUAUUCCAUGUCAUUAGGAAAAUUGAUGUAAACUCCACAAAUUCUACGACGAAUUUCCCGGAAAACAUAUGCAAUGAAUGCGUCGUUAAACUAGAAGACAUAUCACUCUUCAUCGAUAUCUCGAAGUAUAACAACCACAGCACAGGAAAAAACUUGAUAACAGUGAAAAUUGAAAAUGAAUGCAAAGAUGUGGUGGAACCAACUCACGAGGAUUCAUCUGUUUCUGUAUCUUCAGCGUGUCGAAUUUGUUUGUCUCCGAAUGGCGCGACUCUUUUCCAAGAGAAACCUCAGAUGGUGCAACUGUUCAAGGAUCUAACGGACAUUGAUGUAACAGACAUCAAUUCACAGAAUGGUGAUAGAAUAUGUGACACAUGCUCUGAUAAACUAGAAGAAAUAUCAUCAUUCAUUAAUCUAUCACUGUUAAAUGAUGGCCUACUGGAAAAUAUCCUUUGUGGAAAUAAUGCUGUGAAAACUGAAAGCUGCUCAGACUUGAGCAAUGUGGAUUCACCAACGUGUAAUGAUGUGAAAUAUGACAGAGUAUCUGAUGAGAUAUAUUUGAAAUUGGAGAAAGAACAUGAGAUCAUUGAUAUCAAAGAACAUAUAAUCAGAAUCGAGGUUGAAGCUGGUUCUGGUCGGAAUCAUCUCAGUGGAACAGAUGUUAAUGCUAGUGCCACCUUUCCGGAGGACAUGGGAAAAAAAACCUAUGAAUGUGAUUACUGCAAAAAAAGUUUCUCACGUGAAAUUAAUUUACUGGGCCAUUUGAGUAUUCAUGCUAAAGAUAAACCUUUUGAAUGUAAUGUUUGUCACAAGAAAUUCGGUUGGAACCAAAAUCUGAAACGGCAUUUGUUAACUCAUUCUAACAAAGAAAUGUUUCAGUGUCAUCGCUGUGAUGAGCGAUUCUUUCAUAAAUAUAAUUUGGAACAACAUAUGUUGAGUCAUACAAGUGAAAAACGGUUUGAAUGUAAUGUGUGCGGGGAAAAAUUUACUUUGAAACCCAAUAUGAAAAGACAUAUGUUGAUUCACAUGGGAGUAAAGCCAUUUAAAUGUCAAUACUGCAAAAAAAGUUUUUCAAGGCAAUCAUUUUUACAGGGGCAUUUGAAUUCUCAUACUGGAGAUAAACCUUUUGAAUGCCAUAUUUGUCAAAAGAAAUUCGUUCUGAACCAAUAUUUGAAACGGCAUUCGCUUAUUCAUUCUUAUAUAGAAAAAUUUCAGUGUCGUAACUGUGAUAAGCGAUUCUUUCAUAGAGACGAUUUGAGAAGACAUAUAUGGAGUGAUACAUGUGAAAAACCGUUCAUAUGUAACGUUUGCGGAAAACAAUUCACUCGGAAAAACGCUAUGAAAAGUCAUGAGCUGACACACAUGAAAGAAAAGCCUUUUAAAUGUCAAUACUGCAAAAAAAGUUUUUUAAGGCAACUAUCUUUACAGGGUCAUUUGCAUAUUCAUACUAGAGAUGGACCUUUUAAAUGCGAUCUUUGUCAAAAGAAAUUCGGUUGGAACCAACAUUUGAAACGGCAUUUGUUAACUCAUUCUAACAAAGAAAUAUUUCAGUGUUAUAACUGUGAUAAGCGAUUUCCUUAUAAAGACGAUUUGAGAAGGCAUAUAUGGACUAAUAAAUGUAAAAAAUCGUUUCAAUGUAACGUUUGCGGUAAAAGUUUUCUCUUGAAACAAAAUAUGGAAAAUCACAAGUUGAUUCACUCCGAAGAAAAAGCCUUCCAAUGCAAUGUGUGCAAGAAAGGAUUCGCUCAGAAACAAUAUUUGAAACAGCAUUUAGUUAUUCACUCACGUAAAAGAAAUAUGCGAACAUAAAGUGUGCGGAAAAAGUUUUUCUCUGGGUUAUUACUAAAAAGAAAAGUUUGCAUUGAGACUGGCGUACCUCAAGGCUCAAAGCUGGACCCGCUCUUCUUUUUGGUGCAGACAAUGAUUUGCCAAAUGUCGAAAUAUCUUGACAUUUUACACUGUAGGCCGAUGGCUCCACCAUAAUGUAGCGUAGUUCGUAUUUAGAAUCAUUGAAAAGACUAGUUAAUAAUGAUGUAAACGUAAUUAGAAGAUGGUGUUAUUCAAAUAAGCUUUCUUUCAAUGUCUUAAAGACCAAUGUUGUCGCUUUCAGAUGGUACAUUGAAAAUAUUUCACUAGGAGAAGAGUCAUUGAGAACAAACAUCAUACAAAAUUCCUGGGGUUACGCAUUGAUAGCAGUCUGAAUUUCGAUAAUCACAUUGAGGUUUUCAAAAGCUAACUAGCAUCUGGAUGUUAUGCAGUUCGUGGAAUAUCCAGUGAACUCGCACUGUCCAACGCAAAGAUGGUUUAUCAUUCAUUGAUCAAAUCUCACCUGCGUUAUGGCACUGUCUUCUGAGGUGUUAGUGAUAACCACAGGCAGGAUAUUACAAUUCAACUAAAACAGGCAAUACGGUACAUAUGUAAAGCAAAAAAUCGGGAUUCUUGUCGACCAUUAUUCAUUAAGUAUAAAAUUGUGACAGUAGUAGUGUUAUUCAUAUUGGAAACUGCAUGCCCGAUAAGAAAAUACAUUAACAGCUCUUAAGGCAUCCAAACGAUUAAUAGUACUCAGCAGGCAGAAAAUGUUGUCAAAUCUGGUCAAAGACUCUCUUAGAUAUAAUAAUCUACCACUGAAGAUAAGGAAAAUUAACAGCUCGACAAUCUUUAAAGAAGCAUUGAAAACUUGGUGAGAAACUAUACUACUGCUUUUUUUACUUUUUUUAAUGAAACAUUUCAAAUCAAAUUCAAUUGCAUUACUAAAGCUAUCUUUUGUUAGUGUAAUUACCCUAGUUAUGUUUUUAAUCAUUUAGUUUCAUCUUCUGACUGACGUGUGUUUUGUUGUGUCAAUUUUUCCAAUUACUUACAUAAGAUACGCUUUAUCAAUAAGAAUUUUUGUUCUUCAGACAAUAAAGAAUAUUUCUCUCUCAAGUUAUGGAACUGUACAUAUUCACUCUCGUUUCAAAAAUCCAUUUCGUUGACGUUACUGCAAAUAUCUAAACAACUAUUACUAACCCUACUAGGGUCACAGUCAACUCCACUAAUGAAACAAAAACCACAUGACAGUUGGUUAACCAAAUAAAAGUGAUACACAACCAAGUAACGGACAUUUCCUUAAAAGGAACGGAUAAGAAUUAUCCACUAGAGAAUUGGUCGAGAAAUUCAAUAGACAUUUUACACCCAUUCCAGUAAAAGUCGGGCUUGAUCUUGAAUCUUAAGACUUGUAUCUCUAUGAACUUUGUAUAUACGUAUACAAACAUAAAAACAAAUUUUUCAAGAGAACAGAUCAUCAGUGUGCCAGUAGAUCCAGAAAUUUUCUUCUUCUUCUUGUGCCCAGAUUGCAUAGAAGUAACCUCUACCAAUGACUAUCUAAAAACCUCCAAAUAUUGAAAUGUUCAAAUCUAGACUUGAAGCAUGACUUAUUGAGAAAAACUGUUACAGUAUUGAUGAACUUCUGUCAUGAUUCUAUCUACGAGGGUAUUCAUUCAACUUGUUUGACAAUCGAUGUUUGUAUUAACAUUUAUCAUUUGUAUUAUGACACUUUUUAUGUUUUUCAAACAUGUUCUUGUUUGUGUGUCUGCUUUCAUUUAGUUUCGGUCAUAUAUAAAAAUUUUCAUAAUUCUAUAUUUUUAUGCAUUUUAGUUUGUUUCCUUUUAUAUUUGUAAUUUACAAUUAUAUCUAUUAUCUGGAAAUUAUUUUUUAAACUGAUUUUUUUGUUGUUUACUGAUUGUGAUGUUUUACUCAGUUGCUUGGAUGUAUUCAUACAUUCAUGCUUUUUGAGUGAAAAGUAAAGAUUUAUUAUUGUUAUUUA